UCACCACUAUCCUCAGAACGCUGCGACCUGCUUGACAGAGAAAUAGCUACACACUCCCUAUUUGACAUUACACGAAAACUUUGUCGUUUUCCCCAUGCAACUUUUUUCGAUUUGUUCAAACUGAAAAGCACUGAGAGUUGUUGUUUUAUUUUGGAGGCCCGGAUACUGUUUGGACAACAAAAAGGACCGAUUUUACGCACGCAGUUUGUAUCGGGAUAACUGCUUCAAAAGACAUAAUUUAUGGACAAGUAAUUUAGUAGUCGGUUAGGUUAGACCGUGGUAUGUGCGUCCACCGGUCAACGUUUUUGAUGCACAUCAUGAUUUUCUAAACUCUUCACAGUGAAUUUAUGUGGCCCGCUGUUGCCAGUUAUAUGUUGUAAAUCAUUGUCGCUUGUUGGAUGGAUACAAUGAAACAAACGGCUGCUGGUGCAGAAAUGCUGGUCUCCAGGGAUUACACAUUACAGAUGCGGGAUAGGAGAGAAUGCGAUACGCGCUCCAGGGAAAUAAUAGAGGAAGAGCUGGGUCGUGUGCGAACUCGGGAGAGAUUGGAAGCCACUCUAGCGGGUCUUGGAGAGCUGGAAUAUUUGCGACAGCGGCAGGAUUUACUGGUCAGAAAUGUGUUGAAUCGCCAAGAGGACUCUAUAUCACCAGGAGAAGAUCCAAUGUGCGUUACGCAUGAGGAGAAUUACUUGAACUCGGAGGAAAAACUUUUAGAAGAAAACAUUUUAUUGCUAAGAAAACAACUGAACUGUCUGAGAAAGAGAGAUGCUGGUUUGAUCAAUCAGCUGCAGGAGCUGGACAGGCAGAUCAGUGACCUCCGAUUGGACACGGAGGCAUCACAUGAGCAAGUGGAGACAGACAGCCGCCCAAGCUCGGGUUUUUACGAGCUGAGCGACGGAGCUUCGGGGUCCCUCUCCAACUCCUCCAACUCGGUGUUCAGUGAGUGUUUGUCCAGCUGUCGCUCCAGCACCUGUUUCUGCAGUCCUCUCGACACAUCACUGUGUGCCUCCGAGGGAAGGCUCAAAUCUGCAGAUGAGCUGGGCAGCUGUGCCGAGUGUGAGAAUCAGUGUGCGGAGCAGCAGACCAUCAUGGGGACUGUUAGAAAGCCGCUCCCCACUCCCUACUCCCUCUCUACGGACGCCUCUUCCACCACUCAAGACAUCCAGUCUAAGUACCACUGUGACCUGAUCGCCAAGAACGGCAGCGACGUGUACCGCUACCCCAGCCCCCUCCAUGCCGUGGCUGUACAGAGCCCCAUCUUCUUCCAGUCUCUUGCCGGCCAUCUCAAAGAGGACGGGGGGCUAUCAAAGAGCAGCGGAGGCGAGGGCUUCGGUGACUGUCAGAAACUAAAGCAGCCGCCGAAUCUGGUGCCCCAGAACAUUUCUUGGCCUGCCUCCCAUGCGCCUACCAGCAAACGACUGGACAAUUAUAUAUUCAGCCUGCUUCAGAGGAGGGCUCAGCCCAUUAGGACCAAUAAGCCGCGGACGAGCAUCAGCACAGACCCCUCUAAGAGCAUCCUGAGGCAGGGCAGCUUGUGUGUGAGACAGGCUACUGUUGCCCCGCAGCAGCAAGGAAGGACUGCUGCUCCACUUCCUGAUCUCAAACCAGCCUGGCAGAUGUGUUUACAUGCAGGUGGUGCCAGUAACACUGAUCCAGGAACAGGCACCUCACAGAGACAGUGGUCAGUGGAGAGCAAAGGGGAACUCCUCUUAGAAAAUGUGAUGGUGUCCCAGUCUCUGGGCCAACCUCAGAACGGCUGUGCCACAAUCGACGGCAGUGACAUUCACACCAACAGCCUGGUAAAAAAGAAGGGGUCUGUGUCAUCAGCCUAUAAAGGACUGCCAUCGGCAACCGGUCCUCUGUCUAAAGAUUAUCAAGACUUGGGUACCCCAAAUGCCAACUCCUCCCCCAAAGAGAGCAAGCAUCCUUAUUUCCCUGCUGUUCCAGUGGAAAUCAGUACUAAACCCCCCCAGGCACUCCCUAGAGACCGCACCAAAACAGGCACUCCCAAGAAAAGCCCUAAGAGCAUCCUGGUCUCUGUCCAGACAGCCCAGACCACUAAGGAAGAGAGGCCCAUGCUGGAGCUGGUGAGUCUAGGGUCUUCCUCCCAGAGCCAGGAUGAAGGUCAGGGUCACAUGGUCAGUGCCCAGUACAUCCCUGCCCAGAGGCAGACUGUCAAGCUCCGCAAGGCGGGCAAGAACAUCAAGAUCGUCAAGGUGAAGAAUGCCUCUCUGAAACAACACCGAGGGGUUCACGCACACGCUGAGCCUGUGUUAUCCGAGGUGACGGGGGGAAGGGAGAAGGGUCACCGAUCUGGAGGGAUGAGGAAGUCUCGUCAGCCUGAGGAGGUACAACACGUGCACAAAGUCUCCUCCAAGAGGGGGGCGUCCACCAGGGCCAAACGCACCGUCCCUGCCUCCAUCCCUGAGGGCCGGGUCCUUGAGAAACACACGGCCACAGUGUCCACAACCAGGUCCACUGUGUCCAGGCAUCAUGGUCACCAUGGCAGGGAAGUGGUGGUGGCCAAGCCCAAGUACAAGAGGACAAGCGGACAUGACUACAACCGAGGAAGGCUGAAGGCCAUCACUGAGGUGCCUUACGAUGAGGCCUUUAGGAGAGCCCACCGCAGACAGAAGAGGGAGGUCCUCGGCCAGGUCUCCACCGCCACGUACCUACCCUCCAACGUGAAAUUUGCCAGCCCUUAUGCCUAUGUGGCUGGCAGCGACUCUGAGUACUCCGCAGAGUGCGCUUCGCUUUUCCAUUCCACCAUUGUAGACACCAGUGAGGAUGAGCGGAGCAACUACACCACCAACUGCUUCGGGGACAGCGAGUCCAGCCUGAGCGAGGUGGACUUUGUGGGGGAGAGUACCACCAGCAGUGACUCUGAGGAAAGCGGCGUGAUGAACUGGCCCCAGUUGUCAGGGCAGGGCGCUGGGCAUCAUGAGUUAACCGCUGCCCAGGCUAAAGCCUUCAUCAAGAUCAAGGCCUCUCACAACCUGAAGAAGAAGAUCCUCCGCUUCCGAUCGGCGGGCUCGCUAAAACUGAUGACGACUGUAUGAGGAAGGGACUUCAGGGUGUCAGGCAGGAAGCAGUGACUCAGCCAAUCAAAUUGGCCACUCUCUCUCUGCCCAAGAUCAAGUGCCUAGGCAGAUUUUUUUUAUUUACAGAAAGUCUUUCCUGAAAUCAAUCUCAGAUGUUUAAGGAAACAUUUAAUUGGGAUACAAGGAUAUGUACAAAAUGUCCAGCAGACUCCCUCUCCCUGCACUUUCUGACAAACGAUGGACAAGGUGAAAAUCAUCUAAGGAGCCCCCAUUUUUAUUUUGUUGUAUGUAGCGGUUUUUGUAUUUAUUAUGGACAUUACCCUUGCUGUGGUACAUGGCAAAAAUCUGUACAUGCUUUUAAUGUUCUUGGUUUACUUUUUGGAUUAAAGAUAUUUCUAACAUAA